AUGUCUAAAUCAAAAAAAGGCUAUUAUGCCCGUUUCUAUGAAAUGGAGAACUAUUCGUUUACGCCCAUAAGGCCCGUAACGCGGUUUUACCUCAGUUCCAAGUUGAAUCCAACGAACGUGCACGCAUUUUUUCUAUCCUUUCGGGCCUACAAGCGAAGUCUGGAGUUGAGCGUUAUUCGUAUUUCCACGCAGUUUGUAAAUAUCAGAAGUUUACGUAUAUUAUUGAUUAUAUGA